AUGGCCUUCUUUGCCGAUGUGGGAGGCUUCGUGUUCGAAGCGGCAGCCAGUGGCCCCUUUCCCCUGAACGCCAAGCAACUUCACUGGUUAGUUGUUAACAAUCAUAUCGAAGAUCCCGAAACCGAUGUCGGCGAGAUCUGGUACAAGUCAAAACAGGACCGGUUUGCACGCCUCAUCACAUCCUUUCAGGUUGGCUACACAAUCAUACAUGCGAUUGGUCGGGCCGGACAGCUACUGGCUAUCACGACGCUCGAGUUGAACACUAUGGACAUCGUGGUAUGCUCUCUGAUGACUGCUUACGCUUGGCUUCACAAGCCGGCCGAUGUCAGGACACCGAUAAAGCUUGCGACAAGAACAGCGAUCGGCGAUAUUACGGGCGAUCGGCCAUGGAGAACCACACCAUUAGAUUUCAUCGAUGAGAACGGUCCGGGCCGGACACUCAAUGUCCAACCGUUGAUGAAAAUGCCAGUGAUCCCGCCCGACCAGCUGAUUCAGCAUAUCCCCAACGACCGGUUUCCGAUGAACCCAUAUGGUGCGCAAGAAUACUUCUUGUGUUUUGCGAAACUUUUGUUUACUGCUGUUCAUGUGGCUGGAUGGAACUUUUCCUUUCCAACUACAACGGAAAAGGUGUUGUGGAGAGUAUCCAGCUCGAUACCGUUUGGUGUCACGGCAGCAUUUUGGGUUCUCGAAACAGCAGCGUCUUGGAUACGCCUUGGGAGAUGGAAGUGGACCUAUCUCUGGAUAACAAACAAAGGCCGCUAUUCCCGAUUCUGA